CCACAGAACCCGAACUGAGGCGGUUCUGGAGGUAAGACUGACUUUGGGUCGUCAGGCUGCGAAGAACCGGACCAGGACCGAAGCUUGGUUGGUCCUCUGAUGCUUCAUCAGAUCUUGGCCACGCUGUGCCUCCCUCCCUUCCCAGAAUGCACCUGUGAUGGGAGGAGCUUCCCUGCUGUCAGCGUUCAGGUUUUCCUUCCUGUGUUUCAGGAGGAGCAGGAAGUGUUUUGGUUCUGUCUGCAGGCGCCCGCCAUGUUCCCGUUCCGUCAGCCGUCUGACUCGGACCUGCGGCCCGACCCUCGGCGCUACGGCUCUGGAGCGGAGCGGGACUUUUUCCGCCCCCCGCAGGAGUCUUUGUUGCCGGGCCCCGCCCCCCAGGACGGCGUCCUGAGCCUGCUGAGCAGCUGCGGCCUGGAGCCGGAGGACCUGUCGGUGCUGGCCAAGCUUCCUGAGGACAUCCUGACCGUCGAGUCUCUUCCUCAGAUCCUCAAGCAGAUCAAAGGCCAGAAAGCUCCGCCCCCCGGCUGCCCCCCCCGGCCGGAGGAGCCGUUCCACCUGGGGACCACCAAGCCUUUACCUGCCAGGCCGCCCUCUCCGCCGCCCCCCUCCUCCUCAUUCAAGGCCUUUAGCCCCGCCCCCAGGGACUGGGAGCGGCUCCGCCGCCAGCCGGUCCAGUACCCGCUGCACCUGCUCUCCUCCGAGCCCCGGCCGGACCGCUGGCCGGGCCAGCAGGCCUCCGGGUCGGGCAGGUCCCCCCCGCCACCGUCCUCUUCGUCCACCAGACGGGCCGUGGACCAGGACCUCAGGCCACGCCCCCCCGUCUACGGUAAGGACGGUUCCUCUUUCGGUGGGUCAGCAGGCAGAACCCGUCCUUCCCGUUUCUCCGGAUCAGGCGAUUUCAGGACGGCUCCUCCUCUUGAUGAGCGCCGCCGCGACUCCAGGCCGUCCUUCAGCAGCCACGUCCUGAACCGGGCCCGCCACCCGGCACCCAACCGGGCCCGUGACCCGGCCUCCGGCGCCAUGCCCUCUAAGAAACAAGCUCUGGACUUCCACGGAACGUCGCCACCCGCGUUCCCGUACUCGUGCUCGCUGUGUGACAUCGCCGUUCUGUCAGAGAAGGUUUGGAUUCAGCAUGUCAACACGACUGGACACGCAGACGGGCAGCUCAACCUGCUGCAGCGGUUUCCACGGUGGGACUGUCGCCUGGAAAGCGCUGGAAGGGACGAGAACCAAUCAAACCAAAGGAGAGAUGGAGCAAAUCCCGCCCCGCCGCCCCCCAGACCCAAUCAGAACCGAGCAGAUCCACAGACAUCCAAGAAGCAGCAGAAGGCGGCGGAUAAAGGGAAGGUGGUGUGUGCCAAGUUCCCUCCUCAGGCUGUGGACGAGGCGUCUCUGAGGAAACUCAUCGAGCCGUUUGGAAAAGUCGGAAAAGUCCUCAUGUUUCCGUCUCUGGCCUUCGUGGAGAUGGGCUCCUCCGAUCAGGCCAAGGACCUGGUGAAGUUCUACAGCAGUUCUGACCCAGAAGCCAGGAAGGUGAACGUGGAGUUCAACAUCUCCAACGCCUUCAGCUUCCUGCAGAGUUCCCAGGUGGUGAGCUUCACUCCGGCGCCGAGCGGCGAGGACGGCCGGUCCGAUCUGCUCAGCAUCGCCAAGCGCUUCGGGGAGCCGCUCUACACGCUCUUCCUGCCCUCCAAAGCCUUCGUGGAGAUGAAGCUGUCUGCCGAGGCCCAGAAGCUGGUGGACUACUACUCGGCCAGCGCGCUGCGGAUCAACGGCGCCACCAUCCAGGUGGCUUUCUCCUCCGAGUACCGGACCCUGCUUCGGGUUCCGUCGGCCCAGAAGUACGAAGACGAGCCGGCCAAGACCAAGGAGCCCAAGAGAACCCAACGGGCCAGGACCCGGUCCAGGUCCAGAGACCGGUCCGGGGGAGGGCGGCGGAGACGGAGCGGUUCUGGAGACAGGAAGAGACCAGAGAUCAGAACCAGAACCCGGUCCAGGUCCAGAGAACGGCACGGAACCAGUUCCCCUGGGCAGAACCAGAAUCAGAUGGAGGGGAAACCCAAAGAACCACAGAACCCAGGAUCAGGUUCUGAUCGGUUCUGGUCCUCCGGUCCGGUCCAGUCAGAGCGUCAUGCUGCGUCUCUCUGCCCAGAGUCCAGAUCGGCUGCUGAACCUCAGAGGGAUGAAGGUGGUGAUGAUGAUGAAGUCCAUCCAGUGGCUGAGGAAGAGGAGGACCAGCUGGGGGAUGAAGAUCAGUCUGACAGCGACAUCGAGGGCAUGGAGGUCAUCGCCGAGGACGGACAGAACCUGGACGAUGAGGAGGAGGAGGAGGAGGACGACGAAGAGCAGAAACCAGAACCACCUGGAGCAGAUGGAGGAGAGCUGGAGAAGACCGGAGCUGAGGAAGAGGAGGAGAUGAUGAAGGAGGAGGAAGAGGAGCAGCAGCAACCUGCGACUGAGGAAGAGGAGGAAGUAGAAUUCCCGGUGGAUCUGGAGAGCUGCAUCACUCUGGAUGAGGUGAAGACGGACGAUGAAGAUGAAGCUCCGCCAGCUGACGGUCGCUGCGAGGAGGAUGGGAAGACGGGUUCUCCAGAACCUGGUCCGGAGCCGACUGGACUGACUCGAGACGAUGAAGGUUCUGGUUCCGACUCCAGAAUCCAGGAGGAACCAGAACCUUCAGAACCGACGAGGUCCACUGAGACUCUGGAGCCAGAACCAGACAGAAUUGGUCUGGAGCCGGAGAGCCAGACCCGAUUCCAGAAGGUUCUGGAGACCCAGCGGGUCAAGACGCCUCAGAUGAAGACCCGGUCCAGGAAGUCAUCUGGAGACGACGGUACCAGAACCGGUUCCGACGAGGAACUCGAUCAACCAAAGACCGCCUCCAGAACUGCUCCAGAACCCGGUCCUGAAAAACGAAAAGCAACUCCUGAGAACAACGGCGUUCCUCUGAAGACGCUCAGGACAGAGAACGGACCAGAACCGGGUCAGAACCAGGACACAGCAGAACCAAAGGCUGACGAAGAGGAAAAGCAGCAAAUAAAGACAGACGAGCAGAACCCAGCAGAACCAGAACCACUUGAACAGGAGUCUGCAGCGCCACCAGCAGAGGGCGCCACUGAGCCGCAGAAACCUGUCGGAGCAGAGUUCGUUCGCCCCGUCGUCGGUUACUUCUGCAACCUGUGUCAGCUGAUCUUCAUCGAUGAAGAUGAAGCCAAGCUGCAGCACUGCGCCACGCCGGCCCACUACAGGAAGUACCAGGAGAAAACUGGCAAAGAUCCGUGGAUAAGCUGAGUUACGGGUCAGAACCACCGUGAACGUGUCUCACUGGGUCAGAACCGUCCGCUUCCUGCUGCUGUAAAUGUUCUAAGUUUGAAAUAAAGCAAGUUUGAUUCUGAGGAA